GAACGAGGCAGUGAGCCGACUCGUAAGAUGGCGUCCGGAGAUUGUUCCCUGCUUUUCUUUAGGCUAACGUCAUACAGUACAGCCACCCCUUCAACCCUUCUGAGCUCUCUCUUUUUUCCCCGAGAGAGAGAGAGAGAGAGAGAGAGAGAGCGUAUUCAGUGCUUCUUGCUGGUCCCUCUUUACUGAUCAUGUAAGCUUUUCUUUGUCCAGAGCGUGUGACUAGGGAGGAGGUAGCAGUGAUAGAAGACCAGAGGAGGAGAGAGUACUGGCGGUGAGGAGCGAGGUUUUGUUCUUACUGUUCUUAUAUAGCUUUCUUUCUAGUUAGAAACAGGCAGCGAAGAAGAUAGAAAGAGAGCAGAGAGUUGUUGGUUGCUUUGUGGCAAGAGAGGAGGAGGAGGAGGAGGAGAAGGCUUCUUCUCGUUUCCUUUGAGGUUUCUUUCUUCCUGCAAAGUAAUCGGAGAGGAAGAGAAAGAUGAUGCUAGCUGAUGAAAGACGGUAGAAUCCAGUCAAGAAGGGAAGAGGAGCUGUAGAGAGAUACGGCAAAUAAGGCUAGCAUUAGAGAGCUGGAGAGGCUCAGAUUUGAAGAGAUCAGCUUCCGAAGUACAGCUGGUUGAUCUAAAAAGAAGUGUUCUUUUAGUCUAUUACAGCCCCACAAAAGAAAAAGGUGGAUUUAGAGAGAGGAGAGAAGAAAGUUUAGUAGAAAAUUCAGCAGUAAGCGAGAGCAAUGCAGUCGGGUUUCGGAGGAGUGUCUGAGAUGCAACAGUUCAUGGUAGACGGCUCUGCCCACCCCUUCUUCUCAAUCUCCUCCACCACACCACCACCGCCUAACGCCGACGUCAUCGCCGCUGCGACUGCUGGAGGCCAUGAAAUCUACCAUCCCGCCGCCAUAGCACCGACCAACAAGUUAUUCAACACCUUCUACCGUCAUCCCGGCCAAUACUCGCAGCAAAGUCCGCCGCCGCUGCCCCACUUCCCUCAUUUCCACUCAAAUAUCCCCAUCACUCAACAACUCUUCACCCCACCACCGCAGCCUCAUGACCAUCACCACCACCACCAUUUCCAACUCUUUCAAGCCAACCAUCAUAACCACCGCCGCCUUAUCCCCAAUUCACCUUCCCUCGACCACGACACAAAUCCAGAGAAUUCCGUCAGCGGCCCGUUGCUUCACGGAGACGGCGGCCCACCAACUCCUUUUCUGCCCGCCGACAUGAAAUUUAAACUAUCCGUCGACGACAGCAGCGGCGGCGGUAGCCGCCAUACCUUCAACAACGACAAUGAUGUUCCCAGCAGCAUUCUCCACGGCGAAAAUGCCUCCGAGAGCCGAUUACGUUCAUGGAAUAGAGAAGACUGCACCAUAAAGGAGCCGUUUUGGCGGCCAUUAGAUUUAGACUACAUUAACAGCAACAACAAGCGGUGCAAAGAGAAGGAGUCAGCCGAGCUCCACUUCGCUAAGCGAAGCAGAGUAACAGAGGAGCUGGAGAAUUCCCAUCCAGGCAACAACUAUAAACUCUUCAGCGAGCUUGAAGCCAUCUACAAACCUGGCGGCAGUAACUCCACCGCCACCGAACCAGUCAACAUUAACCAAACCACAACCCACGCCGCCAACCAAACCACCGGCUCCGGCUCAGCUCUCACCGGCGACGACCAUCCUCUCAUCCCCCCUGUCACCACAGCUGCAUUCGGCCUCGAUUACCGCCUCGAAGACGACAAUUCCACCGGCGGCGAAGCUCAUACAAAUCUCAAGAAAGCUCAACACCACUCCCGCCGCCGUCGCCGCCGGCGACGGCUGAAAAUAAAGUCCAUCGCUGCAUUCUUCGAAGGACUGUUAAAACAGCUGAUGGAUCACCAGGAAGCCCUCCAUAAAAAAUUUCUCAACGCGAUGGAGCUGCGUGACAAAGAACGGAUUGGGCAGGAAGAAGUCCGGCGGGAGCAGGAAGCCGCCCGCGCUCGCCGUGAAGCCGUAGCUCGUGCCCACGACCGUGAACUCGCUGCCGCACGUGAAGCAGCCAUACUCUCAUUCCUUGAAAAGAUCACCGGUGAAAACAUCAACCUUCCACCCUUCCCCAUCUCCUCCGCAGACAAAACCGACGUCGUUGCCAAAGCCGGCGACUUGAUUCCUUCCACAAUGCUGACGACGAGCCGGUGGCCGAAAAUCGAAGUCCAGGCUCUGAUUCAGGUACGCAGCGAGCUCGACGGCCAAUUCCAAGAGCCGGGCUUGAAAGGCCCGCUUUGGGAAGAAGUCAGCGCCGCCAUGGCGACAAUGGGAUACCUCCGGAGCGCAAAGCGAUGCAAAGAAAAGUGGGAGAACAUAAACAAAUACUUCCGUAAAAGCAAAGAAAGCGGCCGUAAACGCUCUCAGCACUCCAAAACCUGCCCUUACUUCCACCAACUCGACCAACUCUACUCCAAAGAAACUGGCCGAAAGGUCAAGAACUCCGAGCUUCUCGACGCCGUCGUCGUCUCCGGAGCCGGAGAGGAGGUGGGGGACAGCGAAGGGCGAAGGACGGCGGUAGAUGAAGAAGAACAAGAGGAGGACGACGACGUCGACGACGAGUCGAGUCAAUUCAUCGAACAGUUGCAGUAAUUGGAAUGCGUGCUGUGCAGAGAAUUGUUUGUUAGCAGUAAUAUAAUCACUUUGGUCGAUAUAAUAAGACAUAUCCUGCAAAGUUUUUAUUUUCUAUCUAAUAAAAAUAUGUUUCUUAUUAAAUAA